CGAUGAAGAGAGCAAGUAGGAGUAAGUUGAAACAUCUAAAUUAAAAUUCUCUGAAUAUCCAAAAAAUAAUAUUAAUCUUAAAACCCUUUUUCUAACUUUUUAAAGUAUCUUGUAAUUUUUAUAUUUCCCCUUCUGUCUUGACCCCUACAAAGAAGACAUAACAUCCCCUUGAUAUAAGCUAAAGCCCUUCACUGCAAGUUUUCUCUGCAAAUACUUUAAAAGCUGAUAAACAAGUUUGCUUUAUUCGCUUUGUUUGGGUUCUACGGAGAAAUUAUCUGAUGAAAAGAGAAGACAAUAUCUGAUGAAGAAGGUGGAAUAAUCUUUUUUGCAGAGAAAACGGUCCCCCAAUUUCUUUCUAACAGCCACUAAGAGCAACAAUUUACCGUUUCUUUUCGUUUGCUUGCCUUUUCCCCUUAUCUUAGAGACAAAGAAGAUGCUCUUUUCAUAUAUUUUUGUAGCUGGAAUCUUUACAACAUUGCUCUAAGGAAAAACCCUUAAACCCAAAAAUCAAGAUAAAUUCGUAAGCAGUUUGUUAGAUAUGGUGAGUUUGCAUCGCCGACUUCUUGAAACAGAGUUCUCUGUGCCGGUGCCACCGCCAAAUGGGAACAGGACGCGCGAAAUCUAUAAUGAGUCGAACUUCGACGCCAACAUGGUUAUCAUAUUGGCUGCUUUGCUAUGUGCUUUGAUAGGUGCGUUAGGGUUGAAUUCAAUUGUGCGUUGCGCGUUGCGAUGUACUCGCAGAUUUGCUACGGAAACGCCAGAGCAAGCCGCAGCUCGUUUGGCUGCUACUGGACUCAAGAAACGCGAUCUGAAACAGAUUCCUGUUGCGAUUUACGGCACUGGAAUGAAUAUUCCGGCGACGGAGUGCCCUAUUUGCUUAGGAGAUUUUGCUAAUGGGGAAAAAGUUCGAGUGCUUCCUAAAUGUAAUCAUGGUUUCCAUGUGAGGUGUAUAGACACUUGGCUUUUGUCACACUCCUCUUGCCCUAAUUGCCGGCUUUCAUUGCUCGAACACACGGCUGCUGGUUCAGCUGCAGCUCAGGAACCCACAGCGGAGAAUGAUGACGGCCGCCGAGGUAAUGUUGUUGUUAUUGUUGAGGGAGGAAGUUAAUGAUUGUUGCUGUAAAAUGUUAAAAAGUUAGAUAUCUCUGUUCUAGAUUUAGUCACUAGUGACCUUUUGUAGUGGUGAAAAUUUUUAUGGGCCAAAUUGCAAUUUUAGGACAGUUUUUAUUUUGGACGUAUGAAAGUAAUUUGUAAUACUGGGUUAUCUUAAUACUAGAUAAUAAUAAAUUAUGCAUUUCCCCUUAUGUAA